CAGACGGCUGACGAGGCGGCGCCGAGAUGGCCGAAGGCAGCGCUGUGUCCGACCCUCAGCAUGCCGCGCGUCUGCUGCGAGCGCUCAGCUCUUUCCGCGAGGAGUCCCGCUUUUGCGACGCGCACCUGGUCCUCGACGGGGAGGAGAUCCCCGUGCAGAAGAACAUCCUGGCGGCGGCCAGCCCGUACAUCAGGACAAAGUUAAACUAUAAUCCUCCAAAAGAUGAUGGAUCAACCUAUAAGAUUGAACUUGAAGGGAUAUCGGUAAUGGUUAUGAGAGAGAUCCUGGAUUACAUCUUCAGUGGGCAGAUCCGGCUGAACGAAGAUACGAUCCAAGAUGUUGUACAAGCAGCAGAUCUGCUCCUGCUGACGGAUCUCAAAACUCUGUGCUGUGAGUUUCUGGAAGGCUGCAUCGCUGCCGAGAACUGCAUCGGCAUCCGUGACUUCGCCCUCCACUACUGCCUGCACCACGUCCACUACCUGGCCACGGAGUACCUGGAGACUCAUUUCCGCGACGUCAGCAGCACAGAAGAGUUCUUAGAACUCAGCCCGCAGAAGCUUAAAGAAGUGAUUUCUCUCGAGAAGUUAAAUGUCGGCAACGAAAGAUACGUGUUCGAAGCGGUAAUUCGAUGGAUAGCACAUGACACAGAGCUGAGAAAGGUUCACAUGAAGGACGUGAUGUCAGCGCUGUGGGUUUCAGGGUUAGACUCCAGCUACUUACGGGAACAGAUGCUCAAUGAACCGUUAGUCCGAGAAAUCGUCAGAGAGUGCAACAACAUACCACUGAGCCAGCCGCAGCAGGGGGAGGCCAUGCUCGCAAACUUCAAGCCCCGGGGCUACUCGGAGUGCAUUGUGACUGUCGGCGGAGAAGAGAGAGUUUCACGGAAACCAACAGCAGCGAUGCGAUGUAUGUGCCCUCUUUAUGACCCUAAUAGGCAGCUUUGGAUUGAACUGGCCCCUUUAAGCAUGCCAAGAAUUAACCACGGAGUUCUCUCAGCAGAGGGAUUCUUGUUCGUAUUUGGAGGCCAAGAUGAAAAUAAGCAGACCCUGAGUUCAGGAGAAAAAUACGAUCCAGAUGCGAACACAUGGACGGCAUUGCCACCAAUGAAUGAGCCACGACAUAAUUUUGGUAUUGUGGAGAUAGACGGAAUGCUGUACAUUUUAGGGGGAGAGGAUGGGGAGAAAGAGCUAAUUUCCAUGGAGUGUUACGACAUUUAUUCUAAAACCUGGACGAAGCAACCUGACCUGACCAUGGUUAGAAAGAUCGGCUGCUAUGCAGCUAUGAAAAAGAAAAUCUAUGCCAUGGGUGGAGGGUCAUAUGGAAAACUCUUUGAAUCUGUGGAAUGUUACGACCCAAGGACCCAGCAGUGGACUGCUAUCUGUCCGCUGAAGGAGAGAAGAUUUGGAGCUGUGGCCUGUGGUGUGGCCAUGGAGCUGUACGUGUUUGGGGGUGUCAGAAGUCGUGAGGACAUGCAGGGGUCGAAUGAGAUGGUCACUUGCAAGUCUGAAUUCUACCAUGACGAGUUUAAACGAUGGAUCUAUCUUAACGACCAGAACUUGUGCAUCCCCGCCAGCUCCUCUUUUGUGUACGGAGCUGUACCCAUAGGAGCCAGUAUUUACGUUAUCGGAGACCUCGAUACAGGUACCAAUUACGACUACGUGCGUGAGUUUAAAAGAAGCACAGGGACCUGGCACCACACGAAGCCACUCCUUCCGUCUGACCUUCGCCGCACCGGGUGCGCAGCCUUACGCAUUGCAAAUUGCAAGCUUUUCCGCCUGCAGCUCCAGCAAGGCUUGUUCCGUAUCCGUGUCCAUUCACCUUGAAGAGGGGGCCGGAGCAGAGGCAAAGCUCCCAACCAAGCGCACCGUGACACAGCUUUCUGCGAGGGGAACAGAGGUGGCAGCCGAAACUUGCUCUGUGUGCCGGGCUUUGUAUGGUAACUCUGGUGGUUUUACUGUCAUGCUUAGAAGCCUGAGGUUCCGCUCUCGGUGGGGAGAACCCGUAACUGUGGAAAAAGCUCCCUUGGAGGAAUCCUGUCCUCCACUUAGAUGUGUCUGCAGACAGAUGGAGGCUAGUCACCGUCAAAGGGAGAAGGGAAGUGGGAAUCGGUAUCAUGUAAAAUAUUGAAGUUAAAAUCCUAAGGUGCAUUUUCCCUGAAGGGAACUCAUAUCUGAGUGACUGCUGUGUUCGAGUACCUGGCUUUGGUAAACAAACAAAAAUCCGUAUAUGCAAAUCAACAUAUCCAAACAUACCAAGAUUGCUUUCCUACUGCACUUGGAAGGAAAUGUCAUGCCUAACCCUGCCUGACCGAUCAAGGUUUGUGCCUAAAAUGUUAGAUUGGACUGUAUGCCGGUUAGUGUCCAUUUACUACUAGUACUGUGUCCGAAGACUCUUUUUUAAACUAUAUUAUCAUGAAUUGAAACUAAGAUAAAAUUUCUCGUUUACGACAUUCUAUCUUAGUCAUCUAAAGUUUCAGUAAAUCCAUGAGUCAGGUUGCAGCCCUCAUGUGAAUUUAAGAGAAGUUGCUAACUUCUGUAUUAAUUCAGAUACAUCAUGCCAUAAUUUCUGGGGUAGUUCUCCUGGAGUUUGUGAAGGAUUCAUGCAGUGCUGUUCCUCCCUGCAAAUAAUCAGAACCAUUUUAUAAACACGAGGUUAUUAAGCAGAGUAGGAGAUUUUCUAGAAGAAAGACAUAAGUCAGACACAUCAUAAAGGUCUGCUGUGACUACAAAAACUGUCCGGACAAAAUAUAUAGGGAUCAAAAACUUCAAUCUGUCCGAAAGCACACAAAGUCUUGUUUACUACUGUUUAGGAUUGAAAACUUGUCUUAGAACGCACACCUGCGUAAGAAUCUAGUCUUUAUAGCAGAAUUUUCUCAGUGCCGUUUACUAGCAAGAGUUUUAGACAAAUUAUGUUAUAAGUAAAGUUUGGCUGGUAGAAUAAACUACCUCAACUUAAUUUCAUUCUGUUCAUAGUAGAGCGAAUUAUCUCUUCCUCCACUCCCUGCCCCCCCCCACUCCCAUGUCACCCCACUUCCCGUUGGGGGAAGAAAUCUGUCGUUAGUAGCACUUAUUUUAUAAGAUACUUCGUUUUCCAUUCAAAUUAUGCCACCUUAGUGUGCAAUCAGAGACUUCAAAGUGCUUGAUGACAUCAUAAUUUGAAUUUUAUGCAAUAUCAGAUUUCUAAUCAAUUUAAUACAGAGCUCUUCAUUUCUAAUUGUUUCCUACAGCUUUUUUCCGCCUCUUGGUAAAUGGCUGUAAGAAGCAGUAUUUUGUCUUAAUAAUUAAUAAAUGUAUAAAUGUAUCCUUUGGUUACAAAUUUGAGAAUAGGAGUUUCUUCUGGAAACUUCCUAGAUGGAAUGCUUGUAUGCUGUUAACAACAUGCAUAUGAAACAUGGCUUCUGUUCCCCUCCCCCAGCACCAUGAAUAGAAAAAAGGAUUACCCCCUCUCUGCAGAUUUUUUUUUCUUACACCUACUAGGAGUCAGUACAAUGCUAUAAAAGUUGCCGGGAGAAGCCUUGCCUGUGGGGGUUCUAAAGAGUGUUGUGUGUGGCAGGAGAUCCUAGUAGAAGAAGGCAUGUGGUGUUUAUCUUCUGUAUCAGAGGCACAGAUUUGCCACACGUUCCUGUAACACAGUCAAAUCCAGUGUAUAAAGCAAAGCUGACCUUUUUUUCUUUGUAUUGUGUACCAGUCAGCUGUAGUCUGCACACCUUCCCAGUGAUGCCUGGGGUAUCUUUUCAAACAAGCCACGCGACCACAGCAGAGAAAGCAAACUUCUUUUUCCAAUUAGAGAUUUUUUAGGGGAAACAAAUCGCUGAAAAAGUGAAUUUUCUUUGGUAGCAUAUCCUGUACAGAACAGAACCUUGGCCUUCAGAAGUUGCAGCUGGGGUACGUUAAAGCAGUGACUGAUGUCCUAUGGAAGCCGUGACAGUCAGCAACUCUCUUUCUUUAAUUUCUGAAGCUUAAAAUUCUUCCCAGUUUACGCCAGGCCUCUCCAAGGAGACAGUUCAUUGUUUAGGAGUGAAUGAGUCCCUGUUGCAAUACUUUCAGUGCCUGCAUGACUUGGUCAAUUCAUUUUAUAAAAACAGUUCUUUUUUAAGUUUUUUAUGCAGUUCAUUGACACAGUAGCUGCAGAAAUUAGGUUAUGUUUUUUAAAAUAAAUUUGCCACAUAAUAUGGGAUGCUAUCACCAACAGUAGCUGCUAAGUGCCAAACUGUUAUUUUCCUAUAUAUAAUAUAUAUAUUAAAAUACUACAUUGAAGUGUAGGAAUAUAUUUAAUUUUAUUAUGUUCGAAAAUUAAUUAUGACCUUUUUUUGUAAAUGACCGUGACUUCGGUAUUGUGAAAUAAAUUUUAACUCAUUUCAUGCAGGUUUAACAUUCCGCUUAUGCCUUGAAACAUCUUUUCUUGACAAAUUUUUUAAUACUUCUUUUUCACAAGGCACUUGUACCAGGCAUAGGUUGGAAUUGGCAGUUGAGGAUAGAUCUUAAAAUUUUAAAUAAAAUACCUUUGGGGGAAGUGCAAUGUAUUUUCAUUAUCCCUCCAACAGAAGGAAAGUUGUCUCAGGUUAGAGUCAGUGAAUAUUUAAAGGAUCUCUCCUAGGCUGCAGUCUAAAGUAGGCUUGUUUGUUUGUUUGUUUGUUUGUUUAAUGCAUCCAAAUAUAGAUUUUUUGAAGAGGUAAGUGUUUAAUUUAAGAUGAAGUGGUUUGUUUGGGAUUUAUUUUUGUGAGUGUGUGAGAGUGCUUGUAUCCCGUGAGAGGGGGAGAAUGUGUGUGUGUGUUAUGUGACUUGGUAAGUGUGUUUCUAUAUGUUUACUUUUUCAAUUGUAGUUCAAGACUACAUAUAUUACUGUCUUCUGGUGCUUCAGAUAAAUUCUUGAGCCCAUGGCCCUUCAGUUUAUACUACUGAGUUAAACUCACGUUGGGUGUAAAUAUUCAUAGAGUUGUAGUUGGUAGGAAAUCUUACUUGGUGUUUCCAUUUCUUUAGUGGGAUUAAGAACAGUGUUCGCCAACUGGUAUAGUUGGUAGGCUAUAAAGAUUUGGCCUAAGAAAUUUUUAAAUUCAUUGCUUAUUUCAUCAGUUCUUUAUUUCAUUGCUGUGAGGCAUUGAUAGCUAACAGUAGGCUUUGCUCAGACUACAACAACCAAAAAAGAGUAUUUGGGCAAUGAUGGAUGGUAUAUUCUUUGUACUGAACCGUCUGGUUACGUCACCACUUCAACAACGCUUUGACGGUGCCAUUUUUAUAAUUUAUAAGUUGAGGGUGGGGUUCCCUAGGCAACAUACAGGAAGCACAUCCUUACACUGACCUGGUAGAGAUAGGGCUGUCUUUGCCAUGGUGCCUCAUUAUUUGUGGUAGUAAUUGGGUUUUUUGGAGACAUUCUUUAGCUGCCUUGGUCCAUUGGGGUUCCAUUUGGUGCAUUCCUGCUUCACUGUACCCAACCAAAAAGUUUUCCAAGGAGUGCUGAAGACACUGCAGUAUUGCCUUCUUGCUGGCCUGCUUGAUUCCAGAGAGUCUCUUGUGGUCAGAUAAAGACAUCUGAUUAUCUGGGGAAAGAAUGAGGUGGCACUUGGCAUGGAUUUAAAAGGCGCUGGAACCCCCUUAAGCACCUGGUGAGGGGGAAGGGUAAGACUGCCUUGUUCUGGGGCUGCCCCUCACAAAGUUGGGGAGCCUUUGGGAGCCAAGGAGAGAGGAGACUCCUGAUUAUUACAGAAAAGCUGUCCUGGGUGUAAUCAGCAAAUGCUUCUAGCGCCCCAGCCAAAAAGUCUGUUGGGAUUUCUGGAGCGCUUUCAUGCUGCCCUCCCUCUAGAUGGUCAACUCCUUGUGGGCAGCGACCCUGUCUUGGCCAUCUGCUAAUCCCAGUGCUUGGCACACACCAGGCAGCCAGUAAAUGGUUGGCCACCUCAGUACAGUACUCUUGUUGUCAAAAUGAUGUUUAUCACUGGAUUGAGAAGUCCUCUCCAUGAGCGACUCAUUUCGCUGGAACUUUGUGCACGGACGGGCUGGCCUCAUGUUGUAGGGUGAGAACCUAGUACAGAAGGAAAAAAAAAAUGUAAAGUGCCUGACAUACGGAUGCAGACGUCUUUGGUGUCCAUAUGGUUGUGUAGGAUUUGGGGACCCUAUCCUCAGCAAUCGUAAUGCCGUUUAUCACACUUAGUGUUGGGUUUUAGUUAUUGUUUUGUACAUGUGGUUCCAAGCCUUUUCCAGAACAUACUGCUUGGAUCCUCACAUCUCUGUGAUGGGUGCAGCGCCCCCCGCCCUCGGACAGGGAGCAGUCUCUCAGGCCCAGUAGAUGCGGCCUCGUUCCCUGCCUUACAUGUGAGCAGAAACCAUUAUCAUUUCACUGUUCAGCCUUUGAGACUCCCACUUAGUUUUCUAGGUGUACAAGU